AUGAAUCAAUCUAACAUUAGCGUUCUUGAUUUACCUGAUGAAAUAUUACUUAUCAUUUUAAAAAAGCUUGACAAUAUGGAUGUUCUGUAUUCAUUGUUGGAUGUUGAUAAUCGACAACUUAACAUUAUAGCUCAAGAAAAUAUUUUCACUAAUACUCUCAAUUUUGUAUUAACAACAUUUACUAAUGAUAUUUCCUCGAUGAGUGAUGCAAUAAUUGAUCGAUUUUGUAAAAAUAUUUUGCCAAGAAUUCAUUACAAUGUUAAAUCUCUUAUUGUUGAUUCACUAUCUAUGGAACGUAUUCUUCUUGCUGUCGAUUAUCCUAAUCUAACUGAACUUAAACUUUUUAAUUUUAACGGUAAAAUUGCUUCAUGUUAUUUUACAGAUGAAGGACCAUUUAAACAUACUUUUCUACGACAAAUUACAGAUCUUAUUCUUGUAUUUGAAAACUAUAUUCAUAAAACAUUAGGACAUUAUUCAACAGAUCUGUGUGAAUAUAUUAUGAAAUUCUUCAGAAAUCUAAAACAUUUAUCUUUUAUUGGAUCAUCUCGCUUUUCUUUUCCAACUUUACUUUAUCGUAAUUUAUCUUCAACUACUUUCUCCUCUUCAAUUCUUAACAAAUUACGUAUCCGUGUGGUAAAAUAUGCAGAUUGUCUUGCUAUACUUGAUGGUCGUUUCAAACAAUUAAGAAGCUUAAUUGUUGAUAUUAUUUAUAUGACAUAUCAUUCAUCGAAUGUAUACAAUAUGGAUGAUUUACCUAAUUUGAAAUGUUUUUCUUUAACAACAACAUCUGAUUGCUGUAUUGAUACAUAUAAUCAUAUAUCACUUCUUGUUCGUCGUAUGAUAAAUCUUGAAGAAUUAACUUUGUAUCUUACUAUCUGCAUGGGAACUGCAUUUAUCGAUGGUACUAACAUUUAUAAUGAAAUUCUUGUCCAUGUACCACAACUUCAUAUAUUCAAUUUUUGUAUUUGUAUUGGCACUAUGAAGUCUUUAGUUUAUCAACUAUCUAAAUAUGAUAUUCAAAAUACUUUUCCUAAAACAAUAUAUAAAGAAGUAGACUGUAUGGUACAAUACAAAUAUCGUUAUGCUAUAUGUCAUGUCUUUUCAUUACCAUUUAUGUUUGAUUAUAUUGGAUGUAUUGGUAAUACAUUUCCAAAUGUUAUUUUUAACCAUGUUAGAAGAUUAAUGAUAAGUGAUAGUGUUCCAUUCAAACAUGAAUUUUUCAUUCGAAUCGCUUGGUCUUUUCCUUUACUUGAACAUUUACGUGUUAUUAAUAUGGAGUCUCAGUCACUACUAUCAAACAAAUUGAAGUCUAAUGAUAAUCAAUUGGAUUCAAUUGUUAAAUAUCCACAUCUUACUUGGCUUGAAUUUGAUUUUGUUGAUAUUGAUUAUGUUGAACAAUUUCUCAAUGAGACAAAAAUACAUCUACCUUGUCUAAGAAAAUUAACAGUUAAUUAUCGUUAUUUAUCUAUUGUGACAAAAAAUUUCACAAGAUAUAUAACACGACGCAAUUGUAUGAAAGUAAACGAAUUAGAUAUUGGUCAAGAAAUAAUACAACGUUCAAAAGAUUUCGACGUUUAUUUUCCUGUCUUACAAACUUGUGUUUGUUUUGACUAA